AUGGAGUUUGCAUAUGAUCACAUCCAAGAGGAGACCGUUGCAUCAGGCCCGAGCGAUGGGAAAGGGAAAGAUCCAGAGAGGCCGAAGGAGUCGCUGAAUGAGGAGUUUCAGGAGGCUUACAGGGCCAUAUCGGCUUCUCCAUGGGGCGCAAAAUUUGGAAGCUUUAUCGGGACUGUAAAGAAGCAGGGAGAAUCAUAUUACGAAGUCGGGAAAAAGGAGGCCGCAACAAGAGCAGAGCAAGCCUCAAAGGGCUUCAGCGUCGUCAGGUCCGAAAUAGUUAGUCGAACUCGAUCGCUCUCAAUCAACCAGAGCGGGGCAUCUUCAACGGAGGCUCAGAAAACACAACAGACGGGAGAGACAUCAAAGGAUGGAGCUGUGGCGGGAGCGAACGAGAAGGCCGUGGCAGAAGAGGGCUUGCUGUCGAAAUUAAAGAAGGGCGCUGCGCAGAGAAUCUCGGAGAUCGAGGCCGCCGAAGCCAGGGCCGAUGAGUACCUACUCAGGUUCGGAACAAACAUCGGCAACUUCUUGAAGGAGGCUGUUACUAUUCGGCCGCCGGAGGGAAGUGAUGAGGCGACUGGGGAGAAGGAGGUUGUGUUUGAGCAAAAAGGCGAGGAGGGCAAGAGACAAAUAUACUCGACUAGGCUUGAUGCUCAGCUCCAUCUUUUACAUGGCAACUUGGAGCUUUUUAAAACAGAUUCUAGCGAGCCGACAUUUGUAGAGUGGUCAAAGGAUUUCUCGGCAGAUAAAAAAACCGAACAAAUCGCCGCUGAUCUAGAUAAAUAUCCCGAACUCAGGAGCACAAUGGAGAAACUUGUACCGGAUUUAGUACAAUACGGAGAUUUCUGGAGGAGAUAUUACUUUUUAAGAAACGAGCUAGACAUGGAGGAACAGAAGAGAAAGGAAUUACUCAAAGGUGCCACUACCCUUGACGAGGAAGAAGUGGCAUGGGAUGAGGAUGACGAGGAGGACGAGGAGGAGAGCUCGGACGAUGAAAAUCCCAAGUCUGCAAAGGAAGCACCGAAGCACACUACUACUUCUCCUGUACCAGCUGCUACUUCAGCUGCCACUUUAGCCCCGACUGCUAAGACAGAAACUGCCCCGGCAGCCUCUACGGAAACCUUGAUUCCUAAAGAAGAAUUAUUGAAACCAAAAAACUCUAUUGAUGUAACAUCACAACCAGAUAGCGAGUCAAGCUACGAUGUAGUAUCGGGGGUACCAUCAAAGGCUCCAAGCCAAGCUACAGGCAGUCCCAAAGCAGCAAAGAUAUCUAAACCGGAUGGAGAGGAGGAGGGCGAUGAUUUGGAGGAUGAUUCGGAUGAUGCAAGUAGUGAAGAGGACUGGGAGUAA